AUUACCACCAACGGCGUCCCUGCGGGCAACCAAAGUCCCCCGAAGAACUCCAUAGCAUAGUAGCUUCCCCAUAAGCUUCCGGAAGAAAAAUGGCCUUCAGCAUUGUCUCCAAGCUCAGCAACGCAAACGCCUGUGCGAUAACCACCAUCAGAUCGAGAUACAGCGAGGGCGGAAGGAGCAGGCCGGACAGAAUCCGAGUUGCGGCGGCGCAGACGGGUGGCGGCGGAAUGACGGUGGAGUUCGAAGAGGGGCAGCUGGAGAGACCUAAAUGGACUGGAGAAACGCCGCUGUCUCGAUUCGUCGGGGCUCUUAUUUCCUUCAGACCUCUGUUCUCUGUUCUCAAACUCGGUGCUCGACAAGUUUUCAUCAGUACAGCUGAGAAAGCCAACAUUCCCUGGACGAAGAUGACCAAGGAGAUUUUAGAGUCGGAUGUUUACAAGGAGAUGGAUGAUCUUAUGGACCCCUCUAUUGUUUAUCCUGAUUAUUAUCUCAAUCCUUUCCAUGCAUAUGAUGAGGGAAACCUUUCUUGGCUGGCUGCAGCAGAAGCUGAGGCUGCAACUAUGUCUAUGAUGUUAAGGGCCAUACCAUAUGCUUCAUCGCUUGAUGAAGCAAAACAAGUGGUUCGAGGAAACUGGCUUCAGGCAAUUGAAAACCACCACCAAAAAUAUUCAGGAAAUUUCCCAAUUAAAGACGUAUUAGAUAUUGGAUGCUCAGUUGGUGUGAGCACAACAUGUCUUGCUGAUAAAUUCCCCGCUGCUAAAGUCACUGGACUAGAUCUUUCUCCGUACUUCAUUUCUGUCGCGCAGUAUAAGGAAAAGCAAAGAAACCAGAGGAAAGAACCAAUACGGUGGAUCCAUGGAAAUGGUGAAGACACAGGCUUGCCUUCAAAAUCGUUCGACCUUGUUUCAAUUGCUUAUGUGUUCCAUGAAUGCCCUGAAAGAGCAAUCAGAAAUAUAGUAAAGGAAGCGUUCCGCCUACUUAGACCUGGAGGCACCUUUUCUGUGACCGACAACUCGCCAAAAUCGAAGACUCUUCAGGUAAUUAUACUUCAAUAGGGAAAGAAAGUGGAGGAAAAGCGUCAAGAAGAAGAGGAAGAGGCCAUCGAACUUGUUCUAUUUCAAGUUUCCGAAUGCUAUGUCUACUUGAUACCUCCACGAAAAACUGCAGCAUCCUACAGGGCUGACGAAUGGAAUGUUAACAAAUGGGCAUGGGAAGGCACUCUAAAAGUUGUUAGUAAAGGAGAAGAAUGCAUUAUUCGGUUAGAGGAUAAGACAACUGGUGAACUCUAUGCUCGGGCAUUUCUUAGAGAGGGAGAGCCACAUCCAGUGGAACCUGUAAUCGAUAGCAGCAGAUAUUUUGUUCUCCGGAUUGAAGAGAAUAUUGAUGGCCGCCUCCGCCAUGCUUUUGUUGGUAUAGGAUUUCGAGAAAGACCCGAAGCCUAUGAUUUCCAAGCCGCCCUUCACGAUCACAUGAAGUACCUCAACAAGAAGAAAACUGCCGAGGAGAUGGAGCAGCAAUUCCAGAACACCUCCUCUGUCGAUUACAGUUUAAAAGACGGGGAAACAUUGGUGCUUCAAUUGAAGAACAAAAGCAGCAGCGGCGCUAUUAAAUCCAAGUUUUUCGAGCAGGGCCUGAACAAUCUUUCAUUGGACGACAAGAGUAAAUCACCCGAAACCCCAAAGGGUAUUCUUCUGCCCCCACCUCCCCCACCGCCUGGACCUCUCUCACCCGUUACGUCACCUGAGAAAUCUCCCGGAGAAUUUCCCUCAAAAUUCAGCCUCGACGAAUCCUCGGCAGCCGAGGCGCCGGAAGAUCGAGUAAAGGAGUCGAAGCCACCUGGAAAUGAAAAUGUACCCGACGAUGAUUUUGGAGAUUUUCAAGCUGCUGGGUAAUGUGUGUUGUGUGUUUUUGUUGGUUAUACUACACAAUACAUACAUACAGUAUAUGUAACUCAGGUGGCUUCUGUUGAUCUGUUCUGUGUGUUUGUUUCUGUUGGUUUUAUAUAUUUGUUAUUUGUUAUGGCUUAACAUUACCUCAAAUUAAAUCAUUGUUGCAACCAGGUCUUAUAAAAUGAAUUAUUUCAUUUUUAGUCCCACUCA